AUGCGCCGGCUGCCACCACGCGCCUCCGCGGUUGCGGUUGCGACUGUCGCGGCGGCGGCUUCCUCCUCGGGGUUGCGUAUGGCCCCCACAAUUUCCGCAGGGGUGGCGGCGUGUAUUAUGCGCCACGGACGCGGUUUCGCGAUGGGCGUUGGCGUUGGCGGCUGCGGCUGCGGCGGCUGGAGUUGGCGUGUGGCGCCGCUGGCGCGGACCGACGGGGCCUCCGCGCGGGGCUUUUGCCUGCAGCACUGCCGGGGGGCGCUGAACAAGUUCGACGCGGUUGGGUACGCCGGGCGGGCGCGGAACGUCGCCAACGCCUUUGAUGCGCUGGAGAUGAACUUGUUUGACGACCCCACUGGCGGGCUGACGGCGGGCCCCGCGGAGGAGCUCUCGACCACGGAGAUUGAGCACCAGGUGCGCCUCAACGUCUCCGCCUACUCCCGCUCCAUCUUCUACCUGCUGUACACGCCCUUCGUGGACGUGAUCUCCGUGCUGCUGGAGCGCGGCCUCGCGCCGAACAGCGCACGCCCAGGCGAAGUGAUGUGCCGCUGGUUUACAGACGGCGCCCUGACGCUGCAGAACCCCGCGUGCGUCGAGGAGGGAAUGGGGCCGGCGGCGUGGCGGCAGUUGUGUGAGGGGCUGGAUGCCUUCUACGAAGACGUGGAGCCGGUGAUGCCGCUGACGGCGGCGGUGCAUAAACAUGGGCUGCCGGAGGAGCUGCUCGUGCCCUUUCUCCGUCAGCUGGCAAUGGACCUGCUGGUGCCUCUGCGCAAGCGGGCCGUGCUGGAGAUCCUGCCUGGGCUCAUUCUCGGCCUGGCGAAUGGCCGCGCCCCGGUCGCGUUGGGGUUUCCCACCGACAACCAGCGGGCGCGCGCCACCAUAGCGGCGGAUCUCUUCCUAGGGGUGGGGCAGGAGACGGGCAACACGGACCUCGCGUACCUCGGCAUUCAACUGCUGCGCGCCAACGACAUCCCUGUGCCGUUCCCAAAGCAGAAGCAGCUGACGAACGUCUUUUCGGCCGCCACCCGAAUUCAGACGGACUGGCAGAUGCGGGUCAGCGGGCAGCUUGUGGAGGUGCUGCCGAAGUGGAUGGAGUACUACAAGAAGGUCCACGUGGACAACCUCCGGGCCAUGAAGGAGCUUAGCGGGGCGCAUGCAACGACGGCGGCAGCGCAGGCGGAGGCCGCCGGGGAGGGGGCGGCGAGGAACGCCACUGCCACCGCCAGGACGCCGUCGUCGGUUUGCUGCGGCCACGAUGAUGGGCUGCACGACUACUUCUCAAGCCACCGUGCGGAGAAUUUGUUGCGCCUCUCUGAGCUGGAGCGCCGGGUUUUGACGUCUGUGCGUCGCAGGGAAGUGGCGUGGGAGGAUGACAGCAACAAGCUCUACUACCGCUUCAGGCGGAGGCGCCCCGCCACGGAGGAGCCGAGGGCGGCGGCGGCGGACACCCAGGACGCGCUGGAGGGCGUGGAUGCCGCGGAAGCCGCGGCGCUGAAGGAGAAGGGACGCCGCAAGCCAAAGGCGCGGGCGCACGCGCAGGCGCGCAAGGAGGCGGCGGCGGAAGUGAAGCCCAAGCAGCGGCGGCGGCCGGAGGUGAGGAGGACAGCCGCCACUCCCGAGUGCGAUGACGACGCCAGCCGCGUUAUUUUGACCGUGUAG